UGUGGAAGUAGUGAUCAUAUGAUAGGGCUAUUCUAUUUUUAAGAUUGGGAGAAGCAUGGACCGUGACAUCCAACUGGAAAACCAUUUAUAGGAAAAUAAACAUUUCACACUCACAAAUCGGACAGCGAAAUAUGCACUAGAUCUCUCCCGCAGAUCCCAAUUCCUAACGCCAAAUUCUUCGGAUCUUCGAUAUGGCGUCAUCACGGCGUCUCCGGGACCUCCAAUCGCAGCCAGGAAACAAGACCUGUGUCGAUUGCUCACAGAAGAACCCUCAGUGGGCCUCUGUAUCCUACGGUAUCUUCAUGUGCUUAGAGUGCUCCGGCAAGCACCGGGGUCUGGGUGUUCAUAUCUCCUUUGUCCGAUCUGUCACCAUGGACUCAUGGUCUGAGAUCCAACUCCGAAAAAUGGAGUCCGGCGGCAACGAGAAACUCAAUAGCUUCUUCUCGAAGUAUGGGAUUCCGAAAGAGACGGAUAUUGUGUCGAAGUAUAAUACCAACGCUGCUUCGGUUUACAGGGACAGGAUCCAAGCCCUAGCUGAAGGUAAAUCCUGGCAGGACCCGCCGAUUGUGAAGGAAAGCUCGAUUAAAAACGGUGGUAGUAAGAAGCCUCCGUUGUCGGCGGGGAGUGGCGGAAGGGGUGGAAAUAGUGGAGGUUGGGACAGUGAUUGGGGGGAUAGUAGCUUUGACGAAAGAGGAUUCGGAUCUCCGGAUAACAUGCGAAAGAAUCAGAGCGUUGGAGAUUUUAGAACCGGUGCUAGUGGCGGUGGAAUGCCGGCUAGGUCAAAAUCUACCGAUGAUAUGUACACGCGGUCGCAAUUGGAAGCAUCUGCGGCGGGAAAAGAGGGAUUUUUUGCGAAGAAGAUGGCAGAGAACGAGUCUCGACCUGAGGGAUUGCCUCCGUCUAAAGGCGGCAAGUAUGUCGGAUUUGGAUCAUCUCCUAAUCCGAUCCCACGGCCCAACGCACAAGGGGAUGUUCUUUCUUCCGUUACUCAGGGACUUGGUAAAUUAUCCGUUGUUGCUGCAUCUGCUGCUAGUGUUGUUCAAGCUGGCACAAAGGAGCUCACAACCAAGGUCAGAGAUGGGGGCUAUGAUUACAAAGUGAAUGAAACAGUGAAUGUUGUGACUGCAAAAACAACAGAAAUUGGACAAAAGACAUGGGGAAUCAUGAAAGGUGUCAUGGCAUUUGCUUCACAGAAGGUUGAAGAGCUCACCACAGAAAAUCCCAGCUGGCAAAGAAAUGAAACACAGGGAAAUGGGUUUUAUCAGGAGUUUGGACAGGAACACAAAGGGUUGAAUUCUAAUGGAACUUCCAAUUCCAUUCCAUCGUCCGCAGGAAUCAGCAGUUCCGUUGGCUCAUCUGGCAGAAAUUCCAACUCUUGGGAUGAUUGGGAUACAGAUGGCAAUAGGAAGCAUGUGUCCACCACACCAACUGCAACUAAUGAUGAUGACUGGGCUGGAUGGGAUGACCAUGACCCUAAAGAUGAUGGAUGGAAACUGGUCUGGGGCAGGUUUUCUUUAAGAAUGUCUUGGAAGGAAUGGAAUCUAUCAAAGGAAUUGUAAUCCCUCAAUGCUUUUGGUUGGCAGGAAAUGAAAUGAAAUUCAAUAACUAAAAAUGAAUCAUUUUUUUUUUUUUAAAUUUUCAGAUAUAACUAAAAUUUAUAUUUAUUUAUUUCAAUAUAUAUGGUCGGUGUAUUUUGGUCUUUUAAUAACAAAAAAGGAAGAAUGUAAUUGAAUUCCUUCCACCUACCCCAAGGAAUGGUGAAAUCCAUCAAGCUUGGAAUUCCAAAGAAUCUGAUUGAACUGAAUUCAUUCUCAUUUGGCAAGCAAACACACCAUGGAAUGGAAUCUUGAAUUCCAAUUCUGUAGGAGGAAUCCCCAAACCAAACACACAUUAUCUUGUAUGACAGGAUUAAUAUAUUACAUUUUAUUAGUAGAACAAAUGUUGGUCAAACAUGGUUCUCUCGGUCUUCUUUAGCUUGAUCAUGUUU